UUGUUCGUACAUGGCCCUUGUAGGCAUAGACCUCAUCGAAUAAAAACUUCACUACUUCCUUUUUUCGUCUUCUGUUACUCUCUCACUCCUAUUGUUCGUUUUCUCAAUGGCCACUGCCUCACUUUCCAAAUCCAGCUUCUCCCUUCACUCCUCCCCUUCCCACUUCCAAGAAUUGCCUAGUUUCACUUCCAGUAUUACCAUUCGACCCAACAACCUGCGCGAGUUCUUCCCUUCGCAACUCACCAUCAAACGCGUACCAAAUGCUCGUCUUUUCCCAAUUAUCAGAGCCCAAAGCUCUCCAGAUUUGGUCCCCGAUGCCAAUUUUUACAAAGUCGAAGCUAUUCUAAGACCGUGGAGAAUUCAACAGGUUUCUUCGGCACUAUUGAAAAUGGGCAUUCGUGGUGUCACUGUCUCUGAUGUUCGUGGCUUUGGAGCCCAAGGUGGCUUGACCGAGAGGCAAGCUGGCUCUGAAUUCUCCGAAGACAAGUUUGUAGCAAAAGUUAAAAUGGAGAUUGUUGUGAGCAAAGACCAGGUUGAAGGAGUCAUUGCAAAGAUAAUUGAAGAGGCAAGAACUGGUGAAAUUGGUGAUGGAAAGAUCUUCUUGAUUCCCAUCUCUGAUGUGAUAAGAGUUCGCACUGGAGAACGGGGAGAGAAGGCCGAGAGGAUGGUGGGAGGGCAUGCUGAUAUGUCCUCUGCAUUAUCAACUUCUUGAGCUUCCGUAGCUUGACGUUAAAAUGUUUAAUCGUCUUUUUGUUAGGUAUCAUGGCCUUGUUAUAUGUUGAGUUAUGGAACAGGGUCCAAUUUUUAUUUGGAACAUGCUGUCAAGUAGAGAAGAAAAUAAAGAUGUACUUAACGUGUACUUUUGUUUCAGUAGAGUUACAAGUUCCAGUAAAUCCCAUACGCCAUAGUGAUACUUUCUUGGUCU